UUGUUGAGCAGUGCCCUGGUGGCAUGGGCCAAGACGCCCGAGGGCUUUGAGCCUGCGUCCAACGUCGAUCUCAUCGUCGCAUACGGUGAGACGUCGGGUGUCAACGGCGUGGACCUGGCCAAGAGCCUCACACAAACGGAGCCUACAGUCGGUACGACCGAGCCUUUGACCGGCAAAAGCUAUGCCAUCAUCAUGGUCGACAUCGAUAUUCCUACGGCGAGCCCUCCGACUACCGGCACCUUCUUGCACUGGGCUCAGUCGGACCUGACGCCAGCCGCGCAGACUACCACGGUCAAGUUGAACGACGGCGAGCGUGUCAUCCACACUCUGACGACCACCUCAAAUGCGAUCGCGGAUUACAAGGGCCCCGCACCACCAGCAAGAGUUCCUCUUUCGCACCGAUAUAUCGAGCUGCUUGUUGACACCAGCGACAUCACGGCGGACGGAACUGCAGCCCUGCAGACGCUGUCAACUCGUGGGGGCGUUGAUGUCAACGCCGUGCUCACCACGGCCGGACUGGCCAAUAAGGUGGUGGCUGGUAACUUCUUUACCGUGACCAACCCCGGCCCU